AUGGCCAAGAGGCCCGAGUCGCUGCUCCACGAGUCCUGUUUCCUCUUUGUCGUCUCCAUGGCGCAGUUUCUAGGACAGACUGGCCUCGCUCUCUCCAUCAUUACCGCUCACAUCAUUGGGCGGAGCUGGGAGCAUGUAAGCGAUGGCCAGCUGAGCUGGUUUGCAGCUUCAUUCUCUCUGACCAACAGCACCUUUAUUCUCGUCGCCGGCAGGCUCGGUGACUUGUAUGGCCAUAGACGGCUUUUCAUCGCCGGCUUCUUCUGGUAUGGCUUGUGGUCUCUGCUGGCUGGCUUCAGCGUGUACUCGACAUCGACGACAUUCUUCAUCUGCUGCCGUGCGUUUCAGGGCAUUGGAGCCGGAUUGGUGCUGCCAAAUGCGGUGGCCAUCUUAGGGAGGACGUAUCCUCCUGGGCGGCGGAAAGAAUUGGUGUUUAGUCUCUUUGGAGCCACUGCCCCAGCUGGAUUCAACGUCGCGGGCGUCUUCAUCGCACUGUUGGCCCAGCGGGUAUGGUGGCCCUGGUCUUACUGGAUCAUGGCUAUAUUCUGCUUUAGCCUUGCUGUUGCGGGGAUCUUUGUGAUUCCCAAAGCGCUGGAUCCGCCUCCGAGAACAGAGUCUUCGAUUAAACAGGGAAAUCUAUUCGACUUUAUUGAGCGAAUUGACAUUCCUGGCGCUCUUUUUGGCAUCACCGGUCUUGCUCUCAUCAAUUUCGCCUGGAACCAGGCCCCGAUUGCCGGGUGGUCAAACCCAUAUGUUUAUGUUCUUCUUAUUGUUGGAUUUCUCUCUCUAGCUGCGUUUGGAAUUGUUGAAAGCAAGGCAAAGUUCCCUUUGAUCCCGACUUCUGUUUUUACGGGGGAUCUUGGCUGGACUCUAAGCUGCAUCGCGGCAGGCUGGGCCAGCUUUGGUAUUGGUCUCUACUACUACUACCAGUUUAUGGAAGUUAUCAAGGGCGACGAACCGCUCCUUGCGGUAGGUAAAUGGGCUCCGGCGCCAAUCAUGGGCAUCAUCGCAGGCCUCACAACUGCGUACCUACUCAGUCGAGUAUCACCGAGUGUCAUCAUGUUUAUGGCAAUGUGUGGGUUCCUUAUUGCAGCCACGCUUCUGGCCACAGCUCCGGUCGAUCAGACCUAUUGGGCACAAGCGUUUGUGAUGGUGUUGAUCUACCCUUUUGGCAUGGAUAUGUCGUUUCCUGCGGGAACCAUUCUUCUAAGCAAUGCCAUGCCGCGCGAGCACCAAGGCCUCGCAGCAUCUCUCAUUGCUACAACAAUCAACUAUUCCAUCUCCCUAAGUCUGGGGUUUGCGGGGACAAUUGAGACCCAACUAAAUCAUCACGGAAGCGAUUUGCUCAGAGGAUAUCGAUCGGCGUUAUAUUUCAGCGUAGGUUUAGCAGGAUUCGGAAUGAUCCUGACGUUGCUUUUUAUGUUUGUGUCGUGGAGACGGAGCCGAAAACCGGCCAGGUCAAGUACUCCGGCGGCUGUUUAG